GGAGAGCUGUCCUUUUUUUCAAGCCAGGGAGCGCAUCUGCCUUUGUGCUGAAGAAGGUGGUGUGAACGCUCUCUGACCAGAAGGAAUCAUAACUGGGAUCCCCGGCAGCAAGCGUGCCUGACGAGACGGUAGCCGAAACUGCUCCACUGCAGUAAGAAGAAAGUGGGCUGAAGGGGGAGACUUCACCCUGGACUGCUCGGCUUCAGUGCAGGCAAAAGCCUAGAAGGAGAUAAAUCAGCCUUGAAUUCUGGUCCGAAGGUCAACAAGUAAGAGUGACGCUGGAGCAGAUGGCCUGAGUUCCUCAGUGUGGGAUAUCUUGUCCUCAAACAUCAGAUGAGCUCAUCUAAGCCUCCAGAUUACCAUCUCUGCAGUGACACCAGGGGUAAUCGGAACAGCUUCAGACCGCGCUGCCUUCAGUUUGGCCUGCAGAGUAGUAACGGAAGUAUUCUCGCGUGCUGGGGCCUGGAGCCGAUGGCAGACAAUGUCAACAACUAACAACAUAGCGCAGGCCCGGAAGCUGGUGGAGCAGCUCCGCAUUGAAGCCGGCAUCGAGAGGAUCAAGGUCUCGAAAGCAUCUUCCGAGCUAAUGAAUUACUGCGAGCAACAUGCCAGGAACGACCCGCUGCUGGUUGGAGUGCCCGCUUCGGAGAAUCCUUUUAAGGACAAAAAGCCUUGUAUCAUCCUAUAGCUUUCCUCGCUCCGGCGCGUGCGAUCUCUCAGGCAGGGCACCGUUCUCCAUCGACUGAAACCAAGCUACAAACUUCAACUGCGCCGAGGGGUAAACACUAAAUGUUGGAUUCAAAUAGAACUUAAAUCUCAAAAAACAAAACAACACAAAAAAAAAUUGCAAGUGGUUUAGGGCAGGGGGUCUGCUCGCGGGCGGGUGCCACACUGAGAGGGGUCAAAAUUUAAAAACAGAAAAAAAAAAAAACCCCCAGGGUUGAGGGGUGGGGGGUGGGGGGGCGUAUUUUUAAUAGCAACGUUCGAAAUUGGUACCAGGGUGGUGGAGGCAGCGGGGGGGUUUAUUGCAUUUGCCAAUGGGAUGCAAGACCUGAGUAUCGGGACCUCGCCGGUAGAAGCUUUGAACAAAGCUCUGAGUGGGUCUGAUCCAGUUAGUUUCUAAUUAGCGCAUCGAUGCAAGAAUUUGCUCUGUCUCUUGAGAGGGAACAAGGGAGAAGAGUCCAGGUGGGGAGCUAUUUUGUAGAAAACUAGUACAAAAAAGAAAAAAAAAACAAAACAAAAAACAAACCAACCAAAACGCGGCUCGAAAAAUUGCUGUUGCAAAUGGAUAAACCGAGGCCGGGGGGAGGAGGCCGGAGGCCGGGGGGCUCCCUCCCCGCGCCGCACGGCUCCGCUCGGACGAGGGGAUGGCACCGCGGGGAAACGCUCUCCGGCGUCAGAUCCGUCGGCCGAGAGGGUUUCCGUGAGCGGCGUUAGGAAGCCCGAGGCAUGGGAGAGGCCGGGCUCGAGCCCCUCUGAUCGCUUCUGGGGUUUCUCUGUGCUGUUACCACUGUUUUUCCCAAACGGGACUGUACCGGGGGCGGGGGGAGGGAAGGGGCUUUCUGUUGUGCAGUAUCACGUGAGAAAUCUUUUAAAAUUGGCCUUUUGGAGAGUCGCAGUCCAAAACGCUAAAAUUGCCAGAUUUACCAGCAUUUCCCAUCUCCCUUUUUCUCACCGAGAGUGGCAAGUGGAACUCGUUCCGCUAAACCCAGUUAAUUCGGGGAGACGAGGGUAAGGCUGUAGAAGAAAUAGUUCGGUUCCCAUCCCUUGGAAAUCUUGAAAUGUGAUUUAAACAGGGAGUGCUUUGUUCACCGAGGUUAAACGCACGCGCCGCAGAGCCGGGGGUAGCCCGGCGCAGAGCAGCCCCGCGAGGAAGAGGGGACAAGCAGGCGAGCCUUCCUCCCGCUGCCCGCCACGGAGCCCUGUGGAUCGAUGGCAGCGAUGGAGCCCGGCGGCUCCGUGCCGGGGCAGGCGGAUGCUUGGGAGAAAGAUCAGAGCUCAGGGACGUCCCACCGCGUCUCCCCGCGUCGCUGGAGCUGCCGCCCCGGGUGUGCUGGGCGCCCCGCAGCCGUCUGAGCCGCGGCAUCGCUCACCAGCUUCCAGCUCUGCCGGGGAGAGGACGGGUCCCGUGCGUUGGGUUUAAGUGACCGAGCCCGGCCUGCAUCCGCAGGGCAGAGCCCGGGGCUCGGCGGCUCCUCGGGGGACGGUGAACGCUCCCCACGGUAGGCAGAGGCACGGUUCGGUUUCCUAACCAGCACGCAGGUACCCGUUCCCGGUUAUCCCGAACACAGGCACCCCGUGCUGGUGUCUGAAUACACGCGGUGCCGAGUUUCGGUUUUGGGAAGAGAAAGGAAAAAAAAAACAAACCAAACAAACCACCGCAGCCGAUGUGAAGUCCUGGGAAUUUUCCCAUUCCCCCAGUGCUUUGGAUUUGGUUUGAAAUGCCACGACCUCCCGCUGGGAUGGAAGCCCCACGCGGCCGGCCCCUUCAUGGGACAGGGAGCGCUUCCCGUGGCCGCGUCCGCCGGCAGCCCCCGGGAGAGGGAGGCCGGAGGAGACCCUCGGGUUCG